CUUCGAGAUCGUGCAAAACUCACAGUCUCACAACAUCUCAAUUCUUUUAUUGAUUUCACCUGCUAUACCGACCUUGAAAAUCUUUACGAGUUGGUAAUCCUCUCCUAUAAUUAUACCGCAUAUAGAUCUAGCAUGAAGAGUUGUAGACAGAAUAACCAAUUCCUAUGCAUGGGUCUCCCAGUAGGUGUAGUGUUGUUCUCUUUAUGUACCAGGCCUCCAUCAUACGCUCUUGCUAAAUAGAUAUGCAAACAUGUUAAUAUAAGAUAUAAAUUCAACCAUGAGUCAUUAAAAUGAUAUCGAAGUUGAUGGUAAAGUUUUUUCAUUAUGCUACAUUCAAAAUGCCAAACAUAAUAAUACGAAAAUUGAUAGGAUCGAUGAAAUUAUUUUUUCUCCCUAUAAAAUAGCAUUAUGUCUCGUUCUUAAUAUUAUCUUAAACGAAUAUAAAACCAGACUCAUAUGGUAAUCAUUAACUACUUAUCUAUACCAAAAGAGAUUAUAUGACAUAAAAUAUUUUCUUUGUGGAGGUAAUUUCCAUAAGCUGUAAAUUUAGAACAAUUUAAUCUCCCUACUUUUCAUGUGAUCGAAUUUUUGUAACUCACUUGACAAGUACAUAAAACCUUUUCUUCUUCAAAAGGGAUAAACAAAUAAAUAAUGAUGAAGGGAACAAAAUAAAGAUAAAGAGAUGUGUGAGAGACAGAAGGGAUCACUUGUUCUCCCCCACUAAUCCAAUCCAAAAAAACAAGCUAUCCAUAAAUUAUACCGAAAAAAAGUUGUAGAUCAAGAAUGAAAAAAAUGAAUUAUGUGUUAUUGCGUUAGAAUCCAUUUAUCCAAAUUCCAUUUAAUUUUAUGAAAUUAUAAUUUCUUUUAUCUAUUCUAUGCAAUGUUUAUAUAAACUACUUCAUAAUUUGUUUUUUAUCUCAUCGAAUUGACGAUAGAAGUAGCUUUCAUUUGUUCUUGUUUUGGUUUCCAAUCAAAUCAAGUUCUCGUAGGGUUAAACUCAAAGUUGGAGGGAAAAGAGAAUGAUAUUGAUCUGGUCCAAUACUAGUAAUUUAUGUUUGUUAUUACUCGGUAUCGUUAUUUUUUCCAUAUUAUUUUAGGAAAUCUAGUCAACUUAAAAUCAAACAGAUUUAAAUAAAAAUUAACAAUCUUAACAUCAUAGAUAAAUAGUAUGAAAUACCACCCUCAUCCAUUCAAACCUAAAUGUUAAUUUAGGUAAAAUCUAUUACCAACCAUCUCUCAAAUCACUAAAACAAUAACUGGUUUCCAUCCUCUUCCUCCCCCAUACUCUCCAAUUCUUUUCUACCUACCUUUAUUCUUCGAUGGGGGUGAAAGAAAUGGGUGGCAAAUGGUGAGAACGAUGUUGGAGCAAAUGUGGAUAGAAGAUAAAGAUAGAUUGGAAUUGGAUAGAUAUACUAUGCCCUUAUUCCGACCACACUUUUGCCACAUAUGUGAUAUAUAUGCCUUUCCAUUUUUUUCUUCCUCUUCUUUCUUUCUUGUCUUGUAAUAAGGUAUGGGUGAAACCUUCAUCUCUCCAAAUAGUACAAUAAGAAUAAUAUAGAUAGAUAUUUCAUUUUGAUGUGCUCUAAAGUCUCACGAGAUAGUUAGCGAUAGGAAGAUGCAAUCAGGUACACAAUUUUUCAUGCAAUUUGUUUAUGGAAGUAGCAACUUCGGGUCAUUCACCCACCAAUCUGGUUUAGUUUUAUGCUACGCAUAAAGAGAAUACGAAUAAAUGUAAUUCUCCAUUGUAUAAGCAAUUGACCUUUGGGUAUUUAUCUUGUUUUCAAUUCUCCCAAACACUUGUUUAUAUAUUUUGAUUGAUUACAACAUAAGAUCAGCUAGCUAGUUGCACAACAUGAUUUUACAUUUUUUACUCCCAUAUUCAUGCCUCCCCAAGUUCCAAUUCAAUUCUUUUAUAUAUGUGCAAAAUUGAAUUAAAAAAAAAAUGAUUGUUACAACAUUUGGUAUCAAGGGAUUUUAAACAUAUGGAUUAGCUUUCCCACAAGCCAGCUAAGAAUGGAAAGGCUUCCAUCUAUAAUUGUUGUAGCUGUAUAAAGGUGGUGGUGGUGGUAGUGGGGAAGCAUCAUCAACACAAUGUAUACAUAAUAUACUAACUUAAUUAUAUAAUAAACAAAUGAAAUACUAACUUAAUUUCUUAUUAAAUAAUAAACAAAUUGUACACCCUCCAUUAGAAAACUGAAAACCCAAACAUUUAUGCCAUUUGGUUUGCUUAAUACAACUUUACAUGGAAGAAGGAACAAAUGAAAUCCGAGUUUCUAGGUGAUAACGAAUACAACUGCGGGCUGCGGCGGAUCGCUUUCAUUUUUUUUGCGGGAAAAUGUUCCAGCUUUCUCUCGCUUCGAAGUGCAUCAGUAAAAACCCCAUUCCCUAAAACCCUAAUUUUUAGAGGAAAUCGCACAAUGCCAAGUCCAUCUCUUUCUCCGAAUUGAACCUUCGCCCAGCAAACCACGUUUGGUUUUGUUAGAUGUUUGCGGUCUCGAGAAUGAAGGCUUUGUUUCCCCUUCAAAUUUCCCUCCCCGUGGCGCCGGCUUUCCCCAACGCUGCCGCCUUCUUCUCCGCAGCUCCCAAGUUUACCCUUUUCUUCAAUUUUCCCGCAGUUAUUCAGUUCCCUGCUUCUCCAUCUCUCAGACCCAUCAUGGGUUCAUCUGGCCCGGCGUAUUCUCGCGUUCAAAAUCGGAACUUUCGGCCGGCGGGAGCUGCGGGUGAUUCGACGGCGUCCUACCCUUCAGGCGAAAUCCACGUCAUCGUGGGUCCGAUGUUUGCCGGCAAGACCACCAGUCUCCUCCGACGGGUUCAGUCCGAGAGCGAAAAUGGCAGGUUCGAUUCCCUGCUCCAUUCCGCCUAACCCUUUUCUGCUUCUUUUCGUUUCCCAUGGGUCUGUUUUGAUUGUUAUAUGUGGUUUGUGGAAUUUGGUGCAUUUUAAAGCGACUAUGUGGUUCGAUUGAUACGGGUUAGGUUCUGAGCAAUUUGUGUAUAUUUCAACUGUUUUGGAACCCGAUUAUAAGUAGCUGAAGUUACCAGCUUUCAGGUUAGAAAUCUGCUCCAGUUGGAUAGAACUUUACAGGGACUUUGUUUCUCUGGGAGAUUGAACGAAGCUGUGAACCUCUUGUGGAAUACUGAAUCAGCCGUGGGUGAUCAAACCUAUUCGCUUAUGUUGCAAGAAUGCAUUCUCACGAGUAGGUAUAAGAUCGGGAGAAGAAUCCAUUCACGGAUGAUCAUUGUUGGCUAUCCUCCCACUGAAUAUCUCAAGACCAAGCUCUUGAUCCUCUAUGCAAAAUCCGGCGACUUAAGAACCUCACUCGUGUUCUUCGACUCCUUAAUCGACAAAACUCUGAUCUCCUGGAAUGCCAUGAUCUCGGGAUGUGUGCAGAAUGGGCUCGAAAAAGUGGGGCUCAGUCUUUACUCCGACAUGAGACGAAACGGCUUGACGCCUGACCAAUACACGUUUUCUUCCCUGUUUAGAGCGUGUGGUACUCUAGCUUUGUUGGAGCUCGGGAAGCAAGCUCACAGCAUCCUGAUUAAGUGCAAGGUUAAGGAUAACGUGGUUGUCAGCAGUGCCCUUAUUGAUAUGUACUUCAAGUGCAGCAACCUAGCUGAUGGACAGAAGGUGUUCAAUGAAACUUCGAAUAGGAAUGUGGUGACCUGGACUUCUCUGAUCUCGGGGUAUGGCCAGCAUGGAAGAGUCGAAGAAGUCUUGGAAUUGUUUAGGAUGAUGAAGGGAGAAGGGUUUCAGCCAAAUUAUAUAACUUUCCUUGCUGUGUUAUCUGCUUGCAGUCAUGGAGGAUUGAUUGAUCAAGGCUGGGAUUACUUCUCAUCGAUGAAAGAUUAUGGGAUUGAGCCGAGAGGGAAGCACUAUGCUGCCAUGGUUGAUCUCUUGGGUCGGGCUGGCAAACUCCAAGAAGCUUAUGAUUUUGUUCUGAGCUCUCCACUUAAGGACCAUUCAGCUACUUGGGGUGCUUUGCUUGGUGCUUGUAGGAUUCAUGGAGAUACGGAUUUGGCAUCUAUUGCAGCUAGAAAGUUCUUUGAGUUAGAACCGGGAAAUGCUGGUAAAUACGUGGUACUGUCAAAUGCAUACGCGAACCGUGGGUUCUGGGACCGUGUGAAAGAGAUAAGGGGGGUAAUGAAAGAGCUUGAUAUUAUGAAAGAGCCUGCUUAUAGCUGGAUUGAGAUUCAGGGGGAGGUCCAUUUGUUCUUAACUCGGGAUAAGUCUCAUAGAAAGUCGGAGGAGAUAGAGAGCUUGGUUUUCGAGAUGACGAGCGUUUUAAAGGAUGCUGUCUGUGAUUUGGAGAUCGACGAGCAUUAGAUCAUGAUAAAUUUGGAAGUUGAGUUAUAUCCCUGAAAUGUCAGAGUAACGUGGAAUCAAGAUGCUUGAUUUAC